UUGGAGAAAACAAGUGUCUGGUGGGUUAAUCCUCGAUCAUGUGAGCAUAUUCUUUCACUACACGUCUCCGUUUGAGUCAUGACAUGACACACCAAACUCCAAAGCAUCUUACCAAAGAUCCUCCUCUCUAUCAUUCUCAAUUCUUAAAUCAAACCCUUUUCUCUCUAUCAUCCUACUGUUACUAUAGAUAGAUCCUGCACUGCAACCAAGCUCAAGAUCCUCUGAAUCGCGAUUUUGCCGCCAAAACCACCAUGAAGCUCGACACCUCCAACGGCCAGAUUACCCUCUCCUCCGCCGACGCCGCCGCCACCAACGACGACGCCGAGGAGAUAUUCGUGCCGCCGCUCAACUUCGCCAUGGUCGACAACGGCAUUUUUAGGUCUGGCUUUCCCGACUCUGCCAAUUACGGAUUCUUGAAAUCCCUCCGUCUCCGUACCGUAAUAUGUUUGUGCCCUGAACCGUAUCCAGAAGCUACUGGGGAGUUUCUCAAGGCCAACGGAAUAAGGCUUUAUCAAUUCGGGAUCGAUGGCUGCAAGGAACCCUUUGUUAACAUCCCAAACGAUACAAUUCGUGAAGCUCUGAAAGUAGCCCUCGAUGUUAGGAACCACCCCCUGCUGAUUCAUUGUAAACGAGGGAAGCACCGCACCGGUUGUCUUGUGGGAUGCAUAAGAAGGUUGCAGAGAUGGUGUCUAUCAUCUGUUUUUGAUGAGUACCAAAGGUUUGCAGGUGCCAAAGCCAGAGUGUCAGACCAGAGGUUCAUCGAGUUGUUUGAUAUUUCAUCUUUGAAGAACCACCCUCUGUCAUUUUCAUCCUCUAAAAGAUAGAAACGGAAACAAUGGGACAUCUACUGAGCCGCUGCUUCCUCUCAUGGAAUAUUUCCAUGAUGAAGUGAAGUUUAAUGACUAGUCUUUUAUCUUUUUAACCGAAAAAUUAGAGCAGGAUGAGUAGGAUUUUUAAUGAUAUGUUCUGCUUCCUUUCGUCUUCUUUCCUUUGUGUUUCUAUGUUGAAUGCCCAAUCUAUCAAUUUAUGCAAAGCUGGGAUUUGUCUAUUUUAUGCAAAGCUGUGGAUUAGAUGGUCAUGACAACAAAUUUCUAUUAAAUUUGACAUUGAAAUAUAUGAUUAAAAGUUAUGCAGCUUGGUCAUUAUAAA